AGUAACCACAUGGUGGCUCAUAACGAUCUAUAUUGAGAUCUGGUGCCCUUUUUUUGGUGUGUAAGCAUACAUGCAGGCAGAACACUGUAUACAUAAUAAAUACAUAAAUCUUAAAAAAAAAAAGUGUUCUUCCCAGUAGGAUGGCAGCUGAGUAAGAUCCUUGGUGACAGUCUCUUAAUGGCACACCAGUGAACAGCUGUUCGUGCCCUCAAGUGCUAAGGAAAUCAGGGGAUUUGUUUUGAAACAGCUAAUUAUAAUCAAGACAUUUCUUUCAAGCUUCAUGGAAAAAAGUAAACAUGAAUCAAGAGUAGUAGGUAAAACCCAAAAGUAGUAAACAAGAAACCAGAGCAUUCUACCAGACACUUAAGACUGUAAGAGAAGGAAAACAAAACUAGAAAACCAGUUGCAAAAUAGCUAGACUCAGACACUACCUAUCAAUGGUAACCUUGCAUGUAAACGCACUAAAUCCUACAGUUAAAAGACAGUGACUAAAUUUGGGCAGAACCCCCAAAUUUAUAUCAAACUAUAUGCUUUUUACAAUUAAGUUUAACUAUUUGGGCACAUGUAAACUGGAAGUAAAAGAAUGGAAGCCAACAUCCCACAGUAACGAGGUAGCCUCAUGGAUAACAUAUGUGUUAAAACAAAAAGAGUACAAAUAAAUAUGACCAUUAUACAGUGUGGGAGGUUCGGUCCACCAAGACGAAGUGAUGGUUCUGAACACACAGGCACUCCACACCUGGGUUCCCAGACAUCAAAGCAAACAUUAGUUCGUCUUGUGGAGAUAAAACUUCAACAACACCAGACGCUGUGGGAGCCGCGGGUUACUGUGCAAACAUGGUCAAGUCCAAGAACCACACCACACACAACCAGUCCCACACAUGGUACAGAAAUGGCAUCAAGAAACCCUGGUCACAAAGAUACAAAUCUCUUAAGGGGGUGGACCCCAAAUUCUUGAGGAACAUGCGCUUUGCCAAGAAGCACAACAAGAAAGGCCUGAAAAAGAUGCAAACAAACAACACAAAGGCAAUGAGUGCGCGAGCAGAGGCCAUCAAGGCCCUUGUGAAGCCUGCAGCUCUUAAACCCAAGAUGCCAAAGGCCCCCAGCCGCAAACUCAGCUGCCUGGCUUUCAUCACUCACCCCAAGCUUGGGAAGUGGAUUCGAAGCUACAUGGCUAAGGGUCCUAGGCUCUGCAAAUCAAAGCCCAAGGUUCAAACCAAGGCAGAGGCCACAGCGCUAGCUAAGGGCAAGGCUCCAGCUCCAGCUCCAGCUCCCAAAGGUGCCCAGGCCUCUGUGAAGGCCCUGUAGGAAAUGGUUCUACUAAUGUGAAGACAGACGGACUGGUGUGACACACCCACCUACACACUAUUUACAGAUGACCAGUGUCCUAUGCUGUUUUUACAAAUAAACCUGAGGAUCUGUUAAAAGAAAAACUUCAACAACAAUUAGUUGACAACUAUCAUUUCACUGUCAGUAACAGGUCAUUAGUGUUGGGGUCUCAAUCCAGAGGAAAGAAAACAAGCAUGGCAAAGAGUAUCUGCAUGCCCUGUUUACUGCAACUACAAUCACCCAGAAUGCCAACAACCCAGCUGUACACCCACGGGCAGACAAAGACAAUGCAGUGCGGAAUGACACCAGUCAUAAAGAGACACACAAAUAGACUGGGGGUCAUCAUGCUCUGUGAACUAAGCCAGACACAGAAAGAGAGGCACUACUGAUUACACACAUCUGGUCUUAAUGGCCAGGUGUGCUGGUGAGCACCUGUAGUUCCACCUCCUCCAGAGGCUGUGGUACGGUAGACAAGAGACCACAAUUUGGAAAAACAGGAAGACCUUGUACAAGAAGAAAAUAAAUAAAUAAAACAAAAUAAAAACCCAAAAUCGUUUCUGUUGUGGCAGAGGCUGGAUUUUGGUUCAGAGCACCUACUGGUGCUCGCAACCACCGGUAACUUCAGCUUCAGGGGAUCCAAUGCCACCUGUUGGCCUCCAUGGGCAUCUGCACUCACUUGUAAAUGUUGGAAGGACCCUGCUCUUUGAGGUUGUCCUCCCAGUCCCAGGUAGCUAUUCUGAGUUCGGCAUUAAGGUGUAGGACUCCCUCUCCCCAACAGGGCCUCUUGCUCUCUGCCUGACUUCAUCUGGAGACUGUCUCUAGACACAGAUGCCCCUAACCACAUUUGAUACAUGGCGCUCAACACAGCUUCCCUGCUAGCUCUCCCCUCCCUGUGCCUAUAGGAUAAUUAGGUAUUGUGUUUCCAUUUAUAUGAUAAGAGCAUGCUGUUUAAUGCAAAUCAAGCGUCCUUGAAGUGCCUAGUCUUAACCAAUUAUUUACACCUAUCCUUGGAGACCCCACCAACUCCCCAAGGGGUAAUACAGCCUUUGUUCUCUGGAAUUAGAGUUGAACACACCCCCUGAAGGGGUCCCCGAGUGUCUCAGCUCCAUGCUUGCUUGCUGGCCUUUCCAGCCUUGCACCUUGGCUUGUGCCCCUCCUGACUUCAUGGGCUGGUGAGAGACAGCCCCCCAGGCAGGAGGAGAAUCAUGUGUAAACACCUAAUUUAAAAUAAAAUA